UAAACUGUCCAUUUCUUACAAAAUACCCUUUCUGACCAAAAAUACACGACUACACGCAAAAUAAUACCUUAAAACAGGUUACUGAACUAUUGAUUGAAGGGUAUAACUGACUGACACGCGUACGACCGGAAGAAUAUGUGUGGGGGUUGGAGGUGCCAGGUGGGGAUUGGAAAUGAAAUGCACGGAAAUAUUCCCGUUUACAGAUACCGGUGUAGGGGCCUCCCCAAGAAAAUCUGACGCCUUUUCCUGCUAUUUCAGCCCCGUAAAUAGUACCUUGGUAUUAGGACAGUAAACCUACAAUAAUGUUCUAUUACCAAUAGUUAGUAUAGGCACACUAUCUCCCAGGUAGACCCAGCAUUCAUAUUACUUGCUACAGAAUUUUUGUACAUGUAGCCUCAUCAGUCAUAUGGUUUGCAACAAUUUAAACAUCAAUCAUUUGUUUUGUUGGGUGAAAAAUAUAACAAAAUGUUGAAGACAGUGUAUACUUUGAGUAUAUUUGGCUAUUGUGUGAUUGCAUUACUUCUCAGAUUGGCUUUAAUUGGCUAUGGAGAAUGGCAGGAUAGGACACUGAUGGUGAAAUUUACUGAUGUUGAUUAUAAGGUCUUCUCAGAUGCUGCUCAUUAUGUGCAUCAGGGAAAGUCACCAUAUAACAGAUCAACCUACAGAUAUACACCUAUAUUAGCAUACAUGUUAUUACCAAAUAUAACAGUAACACCAUUGUUUGGAAAAGUUAUGUUUAGUGUGUUUGAUAUAUUGACGGGUUACUUAAUAUAUCUAGUGUUAAAGCAUCAGAAAUAUUCCAUUCAACAAGCUCAGAUGUACAGCUGUUUAUGGCUGUAUAAUCCUCUACCCAUGGCAGUAUCAAGUCGAGGAAACGCAGAAUCAGUUAUGACAGCGUUAGUCAUGAUUUGUAUGAUGUCUUUAUGUAAAAAACAAGUUAUCUUGUCGGCUUUGCUGUAUGGAUUGACAGUGCACUUUAAAAUAUAUCCUGUGACUUAUGCAUUAACUAUAUAUUUUCAUUUAUCUCAUCCAUCAAGUAAAACAGAUCAUUAUAUUAAGAAAGUUGUGAAUUUGUUUCUACCUAACAAAGAUAAAGUUUAUUUUGUUCUGGUCAGUGUAUUAACAUUAGUCUUACUCACAGUUGUGUUUUAUCACUGGUAUGGUUGGAAGUUUUUAUAUGAAUCUUAUAUUUAUCAUAUAGUAAGGAAAGACAUCAGACACAACUUUUCUCCUUUUUUUUAUAUGUUAUACCUGACAGCAGAACAGGACUCUGUAUUAUGGAUGAAACUUUUAGUAUUUUUACCUCAGCUCUGCCUAGUGUUAGCAUUUUCUAUGAAAUAUUACACAGAUCUUCCAAUGAGUUGGUUUCUCAUUACCUUUGCCUUUGUUACCACCAAUAAAGUUUGUACCUCACAGUAUUUUCUAUGGUACCUUAGUCUCUUACCACUGAUUAUUCCUUCUAUUCAAAUGUCUAUAAGAAGAGCCACAGUUCUAACCAUCACCUGGUUCCUCGGACAGGCUGUAUGGUUACAGGCUGCCUACCUAUUAGAGUUCAAAGGUCAAAACACAUUUAUCUGGAUUUGGAUGGCUGGACUGUUAUUUUUUACCAUUAAUUUUAAUAUCAUUUACAAUAUUAUAGAAUAUUAUAAACCACUAAUGCCAGUACCUUCAUAUUUAUCAAAGAAAAGAAAAUAACAUUUUUAUAUACUAUAAAGAAAUUAAAUGAACAAAUUAUUUAACUUUUAA